GGACACCAAAGCAUCAUCUAAGGUGCCCCGGAGACAAAUGCAUUUUUAAUGGGUUACACGAUUUCUAUUUUGGUAUGGGAAAAGAGAGACUUGUCAGCUGGGACUGGUAGCGUAAUGAGUUUUUACUGAUUAAAGAGACGGACCACGGUCCAGCUGUCUGCUGAUGAACUGUGCGAAUCAGACGGAUUCUGGCUUUACAGCGCUCUCUCUGUUAAAAUGGAGUUUGCAGAGAGGAGACGGAGCAGGAAAUCGCAGAGCUUUAAACUGAUAAAUGAUCAAGAUUAUGGUCAUGAAUUUGAUAGUGCAGACCAUAAUGAUACAGACAGCGAACCCCUGGAUGCCUCUGAGAGUGAAGUCUGGCUAGGUGAGGAAGGCAUGGAAAUUAAGAGACAAAUCACAGGCAUGAUGCGGCUGUUGAGUGACAAGGCAGGACGGGUGUACCAACGGGCAACAAGAGAAGGGGAUGCCCUUAAGCAGGAACCCCAGGAAGAGGUUCUCGGCUGGCCUGUGUCUCAGAACCAAGCUCCUGGAGAGCCCCAGAACCCCUGGAGCCCAACUCCACCAGUGUCCCAAUAUGACACUCGCUCUAAAACCCAGAAGAUGCUUAACAACUCCAAAAGCAGAGACUUGGUCCUGCCCCCAGUGCCUGCCACCGUGACAACUGGCUCCACCUGCUGCAUGUGCAACUGCAAGAGCACUCUGCAGGCCAUUCUGCUGGAGUUGCGCACAAUGAGGAAACUGAUGCAGACUCAGCGAGGCUCCCAGGAGAAACAUUGCUCUGUGAGCAGCACCUGCUCCUCCUAUUCCUCUGCUCCCAGGAAGAGAUCUCAUAAGAGGAGGGCAGUUCAUAAAGUGACAGCUUUAACUCCACCCUCUGCAAGGACUGCCACACCCCCAUACCCUCCCCUUAUUUCUGAACGUGUUGAUGAGACAUCCCCUCAAGAAAUGCAGUCUAGAGAGAGGCCUGAACAUUCCCUUUCGGUCACCCACUUAUGUGCCACGACGCCAUCAUCUCUUUACACUCUAAAUAGAGGUCAAAACUCCACUGAGCCGGAGGUGCGGUUAGCGGAGGAUUAUGACGUGUUCAUCCCGAAGGCACAGUUGGAUUCCAUCCUAGUGAACUACACACGCUCAGGCAGUCUUCUCUUCAGGAAGCUGGUGUGUGCCUUCUUCGAUGACACCACACUGGCCAACUCCCUGCCAAAUGGCAAGAGAAAGAGAGGCCUGAAUGACCACCGCAAAGGGCUGGACCAGAACAUAGUGGGAGCCAUCAAAGUGUUCACAGAGAAGUACUGCACGGCAAACAGAAUUGAGAAGCUUCCUGGUCCACGAGACUGGGUUCAGAUCCUUCAAGACCAGAUCAAACUGGCUCGACGACGCUUAAAAAGAGCAGAGACAACUACGGAUUGUGAUGAGAUAUACAACAGGAUACAUACAGAUAAAACAGGUAUGGAUUGCAUACAAGCAGAAAGUCAGGUUGCUAUGGAAAAUACUUAAGAUGGCUUAGUUUUUUGCAAAAAAAAAAAGAAAAAAAGAUGCUCUUCAGAUGAAGUCCUGUUUUCCAUGGAGUUAAUAGGUUUGGACUGCACACAGUAAGAUUUAAAGUAAUUUUAACUGGCCCAAGGUCAGUUUUGGCUACACGCAAGGGCAGAUCAGUCAGAAUAAAAUGGUGGCAUUUUGCUGAUAAGCAAGGACAAGAUGACAUGAUCAAUGCGGACUAAAUGAGCUUGCACAUUUAACAACAGAAACCUCCUAACUCUGAUACACUGUUAAAAAGAAUAUUUUUUAUGUUUCAUUACAGACGCUUCCUGUGCAUUUGGGUGGUUUUAAACUUGUGUGAAUGACAUAGAUUGAUGUAGACGUGAUAGCUAAAUAUAUAAAGUAAUGUGUUUGUACUUCCUUAACCUCAUUCAAGUGCUUCACAAGACCAAGUGGAGCUCUGUUGAGAAAACAGGACUGUGUGCCUUUAUCUCAUGCCAUACUAAGAGGACCCUCUCCAACAA